AUGCCUAUCACGCGGUGCUUUGCAGCCCUAGCGCUGAUCCUGGGUGCCUGGCCGCUCUUAGCAGCGGGCCUCUCUGACAAGGGAGUCAUCUAUCUUGACGAUCUCACAUUCAGCAAGAUCGUCAACGGCCGAGAGGAUGUGCUCGUGCGAUUCGAUAAGGAGUACCCCUGGGGUGACGCCCACGACAUAUUCAAGGCCCUGGCAGUAGAGCUGGGGGAGGUUGACGCGCCGCUGCUGGUGGCUGGGGUACCCAUUAGUAACCGCGAUGAGUACCUCGUAAACCCGCGCCUCUCGCGCCGCUUUGACCUGGGGAAGCUCAAGGACGAGGACUUUCCAAAGUUCAAGCUGUUUCUGAAGGGCGCGGACCCCAAGCAGCCCCUGGACUAUGCGGGCAAGGUUGACAAAGAUGAGAUGGCGGCGUGGCUGGUUGCCCACACGAGCCUCUUCAUCGGCAAGAGGGGCCAGCUGGAGCAGCUGGACGCAGCUGCCAAGAAGCUGGUCGCCGCCAAGCCCGACGACCGCCCCGCGGCCCUAAAGGCGGCCAAGGAUGAGGCCACCGCGCUGCAGCUGACGCCGGUCCAGAAGGAGUUUGCAGAAUACUACAUCAAGACCAUGAGCCGCGUCGUGGAAAAGGGCACUGCCUAUGUUGAGAAGGAGUUCCAGCGGCUAUCCAAGGUUGCCGCGGACAAGGGCGUGUCUCCUGUCAAGCGGGAAACGUUUGAGUGGAAGGUGAACGUGCUCAGAAGCUUCAUGCCAGCCACCAAGGAGGCGCCUGGCGGCGGCGGCACCCAAAAGGACGAGCUGUGA